GCGAGUUUGUGGUUCCCUUCUAAACAAGAAGAGCCUGCCUCAAGAUGCAUAUAUUCCAUAUGUUGUCUUUGCUGUUGAUUUUCACUUACACACAGGUUUAUGGAACCAACUAUGUGAUAAAAGUGAGCACAUCCCGGGUGGCUUUUGCCGGUACUGACGCUCGUGUUUAUGUAAAUCUUAUUGGUGUAAAUGGCGAUUCAACUGGUUCUAUCAGGCUGCAUAACUCGAUAUGGGAUUUUGAAUUUGGACGGACGGACACCUUUCAUGGCAAUGCGAAGUUCGUAGGACAUUUGAAAGAGAUCAAAGUGUAUCAUGAUGGUUGGGGAAUAUUCCCUAAUUGGCACCUUGCUCAGGUGAGCUGAUAUACGGUUCAAGUAGCAUUUUUUUUUUUUUGCCGUAGAAUAUUUCAGAAACCAAGACAUUAUAAGAUAUAACUGGUUUACGAUUUGCUAAGGGGUGGACCAUGUGAAUUUAUGUACAUAACCACUGCUGACAAAAAUUAGCCAUUUCCAGUGAGCCGAAUAUAAAUCAUGUUACAGGGAGAACAAUAUAAUGCAUCACACGCCCCAACAAAAUGAAAGGGUUAAGAAAAUUCGUACCUGUACCAAAUCACCCAACUCUCCUUCGCCCCCCCCUCAAAAGUGAAAGGGUGUACCCUAAUCUAUUUUACAGUAAAUUGUUCGAGUUCACAACCAACGUAACUUGUUGUAUUAUAUUUUAAAAUAGUUUACGUUUAAACAAAAAGUCUGCAGAUAAAGGACGCAAAAACAAUUAAAUACAAUGUAACUUUAUCUGUAAGUACAUCUAAGCGGACUACAAAAACAUAGCUUACUUAUGGAGUGUUUUUGGUCCUAAAUACUGCCUAAGUUGACAAAUGUGGAUUUAAAUCACUCAGAAACAACUGCAGUCAGCCUUACUGGGGUGAAAGAUUCUCCCCCAUAUCAACUUUCUUUUCUCUCGUAAGUUCUCGCACGUAUAAAGAUGCGCCACACUCGCGUUUUAGGUGCAGGGA